CUGUGCUGAUAGACUUGCCCUCAGCUUCUGUGAGAGACGUCAGCUGCUACCCUGUCACUGAUUAUGACCUCAGAGGCUUCUGACCUUCCAAUGGGCCUGUGGGCCCUGUUAGCCCUAAGUCAUGGGGUAUAUGGCUCCCAUGGUACCCUGGCACACAGAACCAUGGCCAGAGUCAAGCCCUGUGGUGUCACCUAAGCCUGUGCACCAAUGUACAGCUCUGCUGGUUUGCUUGCUCCCAGAACACCCCGGACCUUGGCCUCCCAUCUGACCAAGGUUUCUGAGUGUGGCAUCGGAGUCCAUGGGGCCACAGCAGCUCUCCCUCUUCCAACUGCCUGAAAAGGAGCAAUUUGGGGGCUUUGUUAUCCAAGUCCUAAUCCACAUUCAAGAUUUAAGUGAGGCUGCCUUGCCAUAACUGAGAAGGACACAGUCUGACCCCCUCUGUGAUGGAAUCAGGAGGCUAUAAGAAGCUCCACCGGUAUAAGAGACACAAAAUCAAUACUCGGGAGAAGCUCAUCAAGAAGUUUCCUUACAGGUUAUCGUGGUUGACGGAGCCCAGCCCAGAUUCUCCACAGUCUUGGAAGGCCAAUGGCAAAGAGUCGCAGAAGGACCAGCUGCCCUUACAGAAGAAACUGGUGCCAACGCGGUCCAUUCCCCUCCAAGGGGUCGGAGCUCCGGACUUCACAUUGCCGUUCAGUUGCUGCUCACAGCCUCCGCAUCCUCCACUGUGUAACCUCUGGGAACUUAAAUUACUGCGCCUCCGUUUCCCUAGACAAGACUUUAGCACUCCUCUGAAGGCCAGUGCUGACCAGCCCUACACCAGUGGUGCUUCAGGGCCAACUGAGAGCUUUUCCUAGAACGUCCACUCUCCAUGGCUCCUUCCUCAACCACCUUCUCUCUGUUCCACGCAGCUGCCACAAAGAUCUUUGUAAAGAGGAACAGCCUUGUAGCCCACCAAAAACCAGGAGUGGCCCACCCCCCCACACCCAAAAAUCGCACAGCACCAAUAAACUUUGUGGAUUUUGCAGUCCACUUCUGCUCGGA